AUGCCGCCGCCGCCGCCGCCGCGGGCCGGCCCGCGCCCCUCGGUGACCGCGGCCGGAGAGGCCGGAGCGCCCCGGGCCGGGGCGGCUGUACGCGGGGCGCGGGGCGCGGGGCGCGGCGCGGGCGCGAGGCUAGGGGCCGAGGCCGGGGGCCAGAUAGGCUCGCAUGCCCGGCCCGCCGCCCUCGCCUCGCCUCGCCUGGCCUGGCCCGGGGCUCGCCCGCCUGUGCCCGCGCGGCGCCGCAGCCUCCGGCCACCUGUUCGGCGUGUCGUCGCGCUCGGCGGCGGGGCACCAGGGCGCCGCAGCCCUCGGCCUCCCGCAGCCUCUCUGGAGCUCCCCUUCCUUUGUCGCUGUGAACCCCCCUCCUCGGGCUGGAGGGGCCCGGGCGGAACCGCACUGACUCCUCGCGCCCCGGAGGGCUGGGUGCUCCCGCCCGGUUACCCCCGCUCCCGCCCCCGGAGGCCAGCCUGCGCGUUACCAGCAGAAAUGAGGGGGCUGCUCUGCGGGGAGGCCUUUCUCCCGAGGCCACUACUGACCUUGAAGCUCCUGUGA